CCGUCAGAGAGCGACCAGCCUAUCCCAGGAGGAUCAACCGUCACACACUCGAAAUGCCUUCUACUUGCAACUUGUAGCUAACGUCUGGCUGUAAAAUUUUACAAUGGAUUGUAUCGGUAGCUAGCUUGUUUUAUCUUAACCGACCAUGUAAACCGUCUUGUCACGAAAGGCAGUUGACUCGUGACUGACCGCCGUAGGACGGUAACUGUACAGGAGUAGCCAGUUACAGCCCUCCGAACAACGAUAAGAAUAGACGCACCGAGCACUCACCUCCUAGCGCAGAAGUCCGUGCUCACAGUCCGGUUAACUAGAGCGUUUUUACCGUUUGAUGCCCCCAUAUGCCGGCGCCAACGCCCGUCUCAACACCCUGAAAGCAGAGAGAGAAGGCGGGAGGGAGGCAACGGUAGCUCCGGGGUCCCCGACACUCAGCCGAGAAGAGGCAUCGCUGAAAUGAGAUGAGGCUCAGAAAUGGAACUGUGGCCACUGCGAUUAUUUUCUUCACGUCUUUCCUCAGCCUGUCCUGGUACACAGCGUGGCAGAAUGGCAAAGAGAAGCUGAUAGCAUACCAGCGGGAGUUCCAUGCCUUGAAAGAACGCCUUCGUGUGGCCGAGCACAGGACGCUGCAGCGCUCGUCCGAGCUCAACACCAUUCUCGAGCAGUUCAGGCGCGCCAUCGCCGAGACUAACAGCAGCAAAGAUGCUCUCACAAACUUCUCAGAUGAGACACAGAAACUCCUGAAGGAGCUCGCAAAUAGGAAACCUCUCCAGGUGCCAAAUAUCUACCAUCACCUGCCUCACCUUCUCGACAAUGAGGGCAGCCUGCACCCUGCCGUGCAGGUUGGUCUUGGCCGCACAGGAGUCACCAUGGUGAUGGGGAUCCCCACAGUGAAGCGGAAGGUGAAGUCUUAUCUGUCAGAGACGCUGCGUUCGCUAAUAGACAAGCUGUCACCAGAGGAGAAACUUGACUGUGUCAUUAUUGUCUUCGUUGGGGAGACUGACGUGGACUAUGUUCACAGCGUGGUUGCUGGCCUGGAGAAAGAGUUUUCUACAGAACUGAGUUCAGGCUUGCUGGAAGUGAUCUCCCCACCAGCCGCCUAUUACCCCGAACUCACCAACCUUAAAGAGACUUUUGGAGACUCCAAAGAGAGAGUCAAAUGGCGAACCAAGCAAAAUCUGGACUAUUCCUUCCUCAUGAUGUAUGCUGUGAGCAAAGGAGUUUAUUAUGUCCAGCUGGAGGAUGACAUUGUGGCGAAGCCUAACUACUUUGCCACUAUGAAGAACUUUGCCCUGCAACUCUCGUCAGAGGACUGGAUGAUCCUGGAGUUCUCUCAGCUGGGCUUCAUUGGAAAAAUGUUCCAGGCUCCAGACCUGAACCUCAUUGUUGAGUUCAUCUUUAUGUUCUACAAGGAAAAGCCCAUCGACUGGCUGCUGGACCAUAUUCUCUGGGUCAAAGUCUGCAAUCCUGAGAAAGAUGCGAAACACUGCGAGCGGCAGAAGUCCAGCCUACGUGUGCGGUUCAGACCCUCCCUGUUUCAACACGUGGGACUCCAUUCUUCUCUUGCUGGAAAGAUCCAAAAACUCACAGACAAAGACUUCCUGAAGCCACUGCUUCACAAGAUGCAUGUCAACCCCCCAGCUGAGGUUUCCACUUCAGUGAAGGUGUAUCAGGGUCACACGCUAGAGAAGACGUACCUAGGAGAGGACUUCUUCUGGGCCAUCACUCCUACUGCAGGAGACUACAUCCUCUUCAAAUUUGACCGACCUGUUAGCAUAGAGAGGUUCCUGUUUCGCAGUGGUAACCAAGAGCACCCAGGGGACAAGAUCGAGAACACCACAGUGGAAAUACUGCCUGUUUCUGAACCUGGACCGAAGACCAAAGAGAAGUUCAAGCGAACUGAAGACCGCUUUUACAGGAUUGGUCAGUUUGAAAAGGGUGUGGCAGAGGGAUUUGUAGAUCCUUCUUUCAAUCCCAUCAUAGCACUUCGGCUUUCAGUUGUCAAAGACUCAGCUGUGUGGGCCAUCCUCAGUGAAAUACAUAUAAAGAGGAUAGCUGGCUGACUGUUCUGGAGCAGGCACUUGAAUCAUGGCCCCUGGGGGACCAAAAUCUCCUAGAUUGCUUACGCAGGGCUUCUGGCACCUGGCAACCAGCAGUGAAGUCAUUAGAGCCCACUAGAGUUGCUUGUCUGAGGAACGCCACCUCUCUAUCCCCGCUCUUCCUAAUGUACCUUGUUUAGCUUCUCAUCGAUCGAUUUCUUUCUGCAUCUCUCCCUCACUCUUAUGUUCUUAAUUCAUUUGUGAGAAUGUGAUUACUACUGUCCUAAAGAACAACAGCGGAGUGUGUGGAAGACAUCUGCUCCCAGCUCUGUCUCUCAAAGUGACUGUGUUGUUCAGCAGCUUUGAACACAAUCAGAAAAUGCUUGGGACAAAUAAGGACAAAUUAUCACGUCUGGGGAGAACCAGUCACCUGGCCACUGGUGUAGAUGCUGCCAAAUCCUCCUCUGUUUCUCAAUGCUGCCACCUUAGGGCAAGCUGGGGCAUUGCACUGUCCACUAGCGCCUCAGCAAAAGCCCAUGAUGAUCAAGAAUGUUAUCAUCACUAAUGGCCAGUUGCUGUCUGUUCUCGACAGAGAUGACGGAGCUCUAGAUCAACACCAGCCCAAACAACGUUUCCCUCACACCCAGAGUACUGUCAGCCACACUCAAUACUCCACUUGUCCUGAAACACAAACUCAGGAUGAGCUUACUGUUCCAAAAUCCUGCCUGUAGCCAGUCAGUAACAACUUUGACCAUACUGUAGGCCAGAUUCCAUGGUAACUAUCCCAAUUCAUCAAGAAAAUAAGUUCCAUGACACCAUAUCUAUCUCACCUCCUGUCUGACAGGCCGUGUAUGACCUCAGUGUCCAUUAAUAGUAAACCAAUCAGACAUUGCCUUGGCGUCAUUUUCCCGAAGGAAUAUAUUGUUACAUUGAUAUAUUAUUACAGCUAUGACGAUCUAUGAAGGUGACUUAAUUUAUUUGAAAUAAAUCUUUAAUUUGUA